GCAGGCGAGGAUCCGUCGAACCAGCGCAGGAUAUCUGAGUUGUGGCGAUUGACAGCAGCGCGGCACGGCGCACCGAGAAAGGGCAUUGUGCAGCGUUCCCUGCCCAGGCCGCGCUUCUCUGCCAGAAGUAACCCGAAUUAAUCGUCACGCUCCUCACGCAGAGAUUCUUCCUAAUGCGAUUGCCGCCAGGUGCGCCUUCAUUUACCGCACGUCCUCCCUCCAUUCAAAUUCCCCAGCCUCCAUGCCCGGCCGCUCUUCUUCUCCUCGUUGACUCUGCCCGCUCGGCCAGCUAGUCUGUCGUCGCGUACGAUGCCGGCCAUCCCGCCCCUGACGCAGCCAAAGCCCGUCCUCGUCUCCACUCCACCAGCUCCAGGCGUGGCCCCUCCUCUUCCGGCGCCCGUCCAAGCGCGCCCGAAGACGGUGGGUCUCAGGGCUAAGGCUCUUUGUUCACUACCACACCGUCUCCUGCAUCCACCGCCCGCGCGCGGCAAGGUCAACACAUGGGGUGUGGUUCCCCGCUUCGAGGUCAAACUUGACGAUGUACUCGAUCGCAAGCACUUGCCCCCUCUAGGGUUGAAGGACUUUGAAGAAUGGCUAGUCUACGUCGAACACUCUGUUGAGAACCUAUACUUUAUUCUCUGGCUCCGCCAAUACACAGAGAAAUACUCCCAUUGGGUGCGCUCCACGAAGCUGCAGCGCACGUCCUCCUACGGCUCCGGCCGGCGCCGCGGGUACCGCACGCCGUCCGACAUUCCGCCACCCAAGCCCGAACUCAUGUUCGACUACAUCCGCGCAAAGCGGACGUUUCUCACGCCGAGCGCUCAGUACGAGCUCGACAUCCCUAGCGAUGUACUCGCACCGUUCCACACGCCAUCGAGCCACAAGACCGCAGCUUCCCCGACUUCGGACGGGAGAGGUGGGGAGGACGCCUUUAGCGACCACGUCCAUAGAUCAUGGAGUGCGACGACUUGUGCUGUGUACCAACCGUAUGAGUUUGGCGGUUGGGAAGGAGCUAUCGGUCCUCCGCCGCCGGAUCCUGCUGUGUUCGGCGAGAUCACCGAGCUUGUCCGCGAGAUGCUCAAUGAGAGCCUUCAACGCUUUGUGACUGCAACUUUCAACAACGUUGGCACGCCUCGCGCGGUCUGUGGUAGUGCGGGUGGGAUUGUCAUUGGACUCGCGGGCAGCGUGCCGCUUGUCGUCAACUUCGCCACCGGUGGUUCUCGCUGGUGGCGGCUGGCUGCCCUACCCGGUAUGUGGCUUGGAUUAACGAUUUUCAUCUCUGCGAUGUACGGGGUCUGCAUGAUGAUAUACGUUUUCGGCGAUCUCCGCCAGUUGCGCUCGUUUGAGCUCGUGCGCCCGCCUAUCUCGGAUCCUCAGCCGCACCCGUCACCUAGCGCGUCCGUUACUUCUCUUUUCGCGUCUAGGCCUGCGCCCGCCGCUCCUGGUAUUUCCCAGCUAAAUCCAUUCCGCCGACCACAACGCCGUUCGAUUCCAGAUAUCAGUGCCCCGCGGCCGGUCAUCUGUCCUCCUGCGGUCGAUGAAGUUCUAAAGAACGGUCUCCAUACCGAAACUGCUCCGCCGCGACUGCAAAUCAUCACUACUUCCCGCUGGUCCGAGGAAAGCUCUAUCAGGCCUCCGCAGCGUGCCAUGACCCAUACAUCGCGCCGCUCCGGCGCUGAAGAGCGGCAUGUUUCUCGUGUAUCUUCCCUGGUGUCGAUCUCGGAUGCACUUGAGCCCUCUGAUGAGGAAGAUGCGCAUGGCAGAGGAUACGAAGACAACGACGCCUCUGAGCCGUGCAUCGAGAUCUCUGACGCUUUCUACGAUUCGCACCCAUGUCCCGAAGGUCCUGCGAUGGCGUCCUUUCCUGGUCCUGGGUACGGUAUGCGCGGCGUGCCGAUGUGGCCUGACUACGUCGGAAGCGAGGAGGAGGAGCUAAACGCAACAGCAGCGUUUAUUCACCCGUUCUCGUUCGAGGAGGCGACAAAGAAGAAGGACGGCGAGCUGGAUCUUGAGGCGCAGAACCCGCGUGGGAUCGCGGCGCGCCAGCCGAUGGACCCUUUCGACUUCGACGCGUUGCCACAGCACCGCCCUAGAUUUGCUUCGGGCAAAUACCGAGGGGAGCGUAGGGCGCCGCCAGCAUACUCGAGGCAUUUGCCUGACGGUGAGAGGCGCGUACGCUUUGCGCAGCCGCAAGAGUCCAGCUUCGGCCCGCGCGCGGUGUUGGCUAGGUGGCAGACGAAGUGCAGCCCGGAGAAUGUCGUGCGAGUGCACAUCGAGCGGGAGAUCGAGCAUGAUCGGGAUGGCGAGAAGGAGAAGGAGGGAUGGGGUAUUGGGUGGGGCGUCGCAAGCAGCCCGCUUGCGCCGUCGCCGACGGUGACGGUGGCGGGUUCGCCGGUAGCGGCGUCUGCGUUCACAUUCCCUGCGGCGACCACGUCUACCGCUGUUGACGCUUCGCAGGUAGCCUCUAUCCCGACAGCCGAGGAACCUGAUGAGUUUGAGAAGGAGAAUGUGGAGGUGGAUACUGACGAAACAGCUUCACGGAACAAGCAGUUCCGCAAGAUGCCCUCGGUCCCUGCCUUCGCGGUGCCGCUCACCCCGGUGCUCAGCCCGGUGGUAACGCGUGCGCAGUGGGAAAUUGUGGUUCGGAGCGCGUUGAUUGCAUUCGCUGUCUGUGCGGUGGUCGUCGGCGGGCUGACUGGCGCGCCGGUGCCGCACUAUCACUGAACGGCAAAAGUCUGUGCUGCGUCUAUGUCGGGUGUGGGGAGAUGAGGAAGGACUAGACCGUGCUGUGCUGGUGUGCCUUCUUGCCGCUCGUUAUGCUGACUUUUGCGAUCCAUACCUUACGCUAACGCUUCCACGUCCUGCCGUCCAACGUUCCUUCCUGUGGUUUUGCCUCCUAAGUCC